UCACCGUUUGCCACCAUGUCGGACUCCACCGCUCCUCGACGCUCGAAGCGCGACAGGAAGACGACGCAGCUAUUUUCUAGCCAAGGUUCGAACAACAAGAGACGCGCCGGGGAGAGCGAGACCGAAGCCGACACCCCAGGCCAGUCAGAUGUUGAGAUCGACGAUCCAGAGGAGGGGGGAGAAGACACAGUGCCAGCUGAUGAUGAAGAGGAAGAAGAAGACUAUGAAGGGCCCGCGAAAGCUGCGCCAGGCGCGGGCCGAGGCAAACGGAAAGCGGCGAGCAAGCCCAAGGAGCCUCGGCCUGUCAAGAAGCCCCGAACGGCGCGAGUGAAGGGCACGGGUACGACGACGCGUCGUGGUAGAAAGCCGAAGGAGGGGGAGGAUGUGGUGUUCGACGCGGCGCAGGUCGAAAAGGACACGAAGAUAUCGUCGGACAACCCCCUGUUCAAUGCUAUAUUGAAUCCUGCUGCGGCGCUGCAGUCGACGGCGGAGGAUUUCCUGGAGUCGUUGAACUCGAGCCCAGGACACGCGCAAGCCGAACUGGUCAACUUGAUCCUCCGCUGUUGUGGCUGCAACGACUCCGUGAACGAGGACGAGGCAGUUGACUACGAUGGUGUUGUCGACGCGUUGGACAAUUUCACCGAAGCGCUUAAGCAGGACAACUCCCCCACCUACCCUCUCACAUCGAAGCUGCCCAUCUUCAAGAAAUUCCGCAAGUCCCUGUCCGAGUUCAUUGAGCGCCUCAUCGUCUCUGCCGCCGAUCUCGGGUCCUUGUACACCUCCGACCUCAUGCCGACGCUCCAAACAUGGGUCGUGCCGAUGUCGUCCUCGCAGAUCCGGAGCUUCCGCCACACGGCGACGGUGCUGGCUAUGGAGGCCGAGACCGCCCUGUGCGCUGUCGCUGCUAAGGUGGAGAAGGAGGCCGAGGUCAUAGGGCGGCAGCGUGAGGGAGAGAAGAAGCGCAAGGCUGCGAGUGCUGCUAAGGGCAAGGGUGCACGGGAGAAGGAGCUGGAAAGCAAGCUUCAGGAGGUGCGCAGCCGACGGAAUAAGCUUGCGGAGUAUUUGAAGGAGUUUGUGGAUGGCGUCUUCGUUCACCGCUACCGCGACCUUGACCCUACCAUCCGUGCCGAGUGCAUACAUGCACUCGGUGUCUGGUUCAAGAAGCACCCUUCCACUUUCCUUGACACCUCUUACCUCCGCUAUGUCGGCUGGGUCCUUUCCGACAACAACCAUCACGUUCGCCUCGAAGCCGUGCGUUCCCUCCAGCAUGUCUACGCAGCGACCUCCUACCUAACCUCCCUCAACCACUUCACCGAGCGCUUCAAGCCGCGCCUCAUCGAGAUGGCGACCAGCGACAUCGAAGUUUCCGUCCGCAUUGCGGUCAUCCAGGUCCUGUCCGCGAUCGACGAUGCGUCACUGCUCGAAGAUGACGAGCGGGACAAGCUGUGCCUCCUGAUAUUUGACCCCGAAGCCCGGGUGCGCAAAGCCGUCAGCGAAUUUGUGGCAGGUGCGUGGAAGGAGUCCGUCGAUGAGCGCCUCGUCGGCGUUCAGCCCUCUUCUUCCGACAAGAGCCGCAUCGGGAUCAAGGCGCUCGCGAUCCUGCUCGUCCGCUGGGGUCAGACGCUGGACGCAGACAGCGAGGAAACGGAGUCGCAGCAGGAUGCAGCGGACGACGACGUUAGCGAGGCCGCGAAAGCGCGCCGGAAGGAGGUGGGCGUUCUCCUCGCGAACUCGCCCCGCAACCGCAUCACGCUCGCCGUCGACGCGUUGUGGGACGUGCUGGAUAGCGUGCAGGAUUGGGAGGGGCUUUUGGACCUCCUUCUGCUCGACCAUACUGCGGCGGAGGAGGCAGUGGGGUCCUCAUCGCCGAGCAAGCGCAGGAGGGCGAAUGAGAAGAAUGCGGGUCCGGAGGCUGUGAAUGAUGCGUGGAGGCUGGAUGAUGAGGAAGAGACGAUAUUGUUGCAGGUGUUCGUGGCAGCUGUGAGUAAGGCGAGGGCGGAGUCUGUGGGUGGGAAGAAGGGUGAAGAGGAGAAACUCUCGAACGACAUCACUCGCGCACUCAUCACAGGCCUUCCGAGACUAUUUGCGAAGUACCAGGCUGAUCACACCCGCGUCGCUGAGGUGCUCCUCUUGCCAACUAUGAUGAAUCUCGACCUCUACCUUGAGAUGCGCAAGGUUCCUGCCUACGGCACCCUCUGGGACGAAGUCAACAAGCUCUUCCUCUCCCAAACCGCCAUGUCCGUCCUCGUCAACGCCGCCAAGGUCAUCUACACCCUUAUGGACGCCACCGCGCUCUCGAACACCAACAGCACGAAGAUCGUCGAGCUCGAGGACGAGCUGUCGACCAGCCUUCGGGAUGUGAUCGCUGGGCGCGACGAGAUCGAGGUGGCGGUGUUCUCGGAGGACGAGGUGCUGGCGUUGACGGCGAUCUGCACGCGGUUGGCGGUGUUGUCAGGGUGCAGGGAUCUGUCGGGGUGGGUGGACGAGAACGAGGGAGGGAAGCAGAGUAGCGCAUGGGAUAUCCUCAUGGCGCUCUCUGAGCGAGGGCGGAUGGGACACAAGGAGGAAGAAACGAUGAUCGAGCAAGCUUUGACCGUCCUCUCGCUUCACAUCUUCUGGAAAGCGAAGGGGCUCACGAUCGAUUCCGAGUCCUCAGACGAUACCCGUUACAGAGAUACCCUUCGGGAGCAGCGCGACUCCCUGCUGCAAAAGCUGGUCGACUUCUCCUUCAGCAGUCAGUCGAACACAGUCGAUGGUGUGAAGCGAGCCGCUUUCAAGCAACUGCUCAACAUUCAUGUCCUUUUCGCGACCGGGCAGACGAGAGCGGCGGAUGGUGCUGUGCUGCCGCUUGCGUCUAUACCCGUCACGUUGGACGACGAGGUGCAGUACCGGUGCGCUGGGUUCAUCCAGGCGGAGGUCGAGCAAUAUGCGGAAAGCAUGGGUCGUGGGCAGAAGCCCAUCAAUGACGACGGCUCGGACAGCGAAAGCGAGGAAGAAGAUGAGGAAGAUCGCAAUGUUGUGCAAGUCGAUACGAAGUCUCGAGCACAGCUGGAGAAGGAGUAUGUCUUCGUGGAUGUCAUCACAACUUACCUGCGUGCAAUACGUGCAGGUGUCAUCGACCUCCGGCACUGCGCGGUGCUGCUAGCGCACUACGGUCGAUUCGGCGCUAACGUGGACAGCUGUUCCAAGGUCGUCUUAGACAGCCUGCGGCAGGAGUGCCGCAGAGGCGGCGACACAGAGCUCGUCGUCAGCGUCAUCACCGAGGCCAUCCGGGAGGCCUUCGACUUGGUCCUUGGCGGAUACGUUGCGGACGAGUCGAAUGCCCUCAGCUUGGCGAAACUGCUAGCAACAGCGAUGGUCAUCCGUGGCGCACAGCUCGCUGUCGUGCAUAGUAUGGAUGUAGACCACAUCGUGCAGAUUCAUACGGACUUGCUCGACUGGAUAGGCAAGCGUCUGGCUGGGUAUCAGGCCAACAGCAGCAGACGACUUAUGAGGAAGGCCUUGACUUUCUUCCGCGUGCUGACGCCUCUGGUCGUUGGCAUCAAGCCUGAGGAUGGCCUUCGCAUUAAGGCACACAUGGACCAGGUGCUAGCGGAGGCCAAAGUCGCCUCGACCUCCACCGCGAAGGAAUGGGAUGCCCAUAAAGCGUACGAGAAGCGUCUCGGGGUAUCAACAGCACGCCCACGAGCAACUGGCAAGGGCCGCGGUCGACCCCGCAAGGGCAAAAGUGCAGCCGCCGUGGUCACGGACGACGAAGGGCACACCACCGAAGAGGAAGCGGUGGUCGUACGAAAAACCCCCACGCGUCCACGACCACGCGCUCGUCCUCGACGGGCCGCCGCCAAGCGCAAUGGCGCAGGCACCGACGGGGAGGCGUCGCAGGCCGAACAAUCAGAUGUCGAACCGGAAGGAUCUCCUGCGGCGCGCGAAACGACGACACCUCGGGCGUCUAAGACGUACGGGAAGUCGCCCAGAAAACGUCCCACGAGGGGCGCUAGCAAUCCUCCUACUGAGGAAGAGACAACGCCGCGGGCCUCUCGCAAGAGAGGCAGGUCUGUGGUCGAGGAGGAAGAUGAGGAGGGCGCUCACGACGAGUCGGCACCAGUCCAGUCGACGGAGGAGCCACCUUCAUCCCCUGGCGAAGUCCAAAUUCGCAGGAAGCGUGUUCGGAGGUGAAGGGUGGGCGUCGACGGUUGGACGAUGCAAAACUGCAGUUUGCUUGAUGCCUGAUCCUGUACUUAUUUGUCCUGCUUUGCUCUCAAGUUGUUAUCAAGUAUGUAUGCUCCAUCCUUUCCUGGUGGACUAAGUGUCCCUGGAUUGUACCAAAGUAUCAACAGUAAUAAGUUACGUCGUGCUUCAUCAAUGUCAUGUCAGAUAGAUACAUAUGGUAGACGCCAGCGAAAUGACAGAAUGCGAGAUUACGAGGUUUUCCAAGGUAGAAUACAAUAUGCACGGUGACUCUGGAAGUUCG